AACAGUAUAAGCUGACCACUCAACACGAUCGAUCGGAUGAUUAGACCAGCGAGCAGAUUUAAAGGCAAUUUUAAAGAGAAGUGUGAAGCUUUGUGCAUCAGCCAAACCCAGUGACCGCCAACUCUGCAAACUGACUGACAGAUGCCAAGGUAGCAGCAACAACAACUCAGCCCAGAAGUAAUGAAAUGCAGUGAUUUUCGCACCCAGAGUUACGCUGCUUGAUCGUUCUGCCGCGAUUGAAAGACAUUCAACUGGAACUGCUGUGUGUCAGCAGAGAGAGACCUCCCUCUAAUGUAAUAGCAGACCACGUUCAAGCCCAAAGGGAGUCACCGCCUGCGUUCUGAUCAGCAACAGACGGAACUGAGCGGAGCCGCACCCCUCGGUGUUCCCGGUUGUUGCUCUCUGCCUGGCCAUCAUUCACUCCGGAACUGGGGACCGAGCAGCUUCACACCCGCUAACUAUGGACGCUCUGAAGUCAGCCGGCCGGGCGCUGAUUCGGAGCCCCAGUAUUAGCAGGCAGAGCUGGGGCAUGGCCAGACACCAGAAUGCUGCCAGACUUGCUGAACUUUUCCAGCGACGACUUUUUGUCAUGUUUUAGUGACUAGGAGGACAUCUGACUCUUCACCAUCCAGGAUACACAAGUGCAUGCCUCAAGGAACAAUAAAAACAUAAGGAAUAGGAAUAGAAACAGAACUGCCAGAAAACUGGACUGAUACAAAAGAGUCCUUACAGGAAGGAAUGGUCUUUCACCUUAAGUAUCUUGGUGUGACUGUAGUGGAUCAGCCGAAAGGAGAAGGGAUGGCAGCUGCAGCCAUUCGUCGGAUAAUUACUGUGGCAAAAGCAAGUGGAAAGAAAUUCCUCAAAGUUACCCUAACUGUUUCACCUCAGGGGAUAAUGUUACAAGACACAAUAACCAAUGAACUCAUAGAAAAUGUCUCUAUCUACAGAAUAUCGUACUGCACUGCAGACAAGACUCAGGACAAGGUCUUUGCAUACAUUGCACAGAGUCAACUAAAUGAGACAUUGGAAUGCCAUGCAUUUCUUUGUCCAAAGAAAAAAAUCGCACAAGCAGUGACCUUAACUGUUGCACAGGCCUUCAGAAUUGCAUUUGAUCUGUGGGAAGUCGCACAAGAGGAAAAAUGUAAAAAGACACAUGAGCAGUGUAAUAGCCCUGAAACUGCAGCUUUUAAUGGAGCAACAGGAUGUAUUGAGAAAGAUGCAACUACAGCAAAGGAUCACAAAGUAACCCGAGUCCAGAAUCCAAUUAUCUCUCCAACUGAUGUCCAUCUAGGUAUCACAAGGCAAAACAGUCCAUCUUGUGGGUCCCCUUUACAUGCACUCUCUUGGGAAGAGGACGAUGGUCUUGAUGAUGCUUUCUCAAGCAUUGUGGAUGGAAUUGAGCCAAUCACAGAUUUGCGGAAUCUCGAACAAACAUACGGUGCAAGAAUGUCUCAGUAGAUCUUCAGGACUCUUGAGUAGAAGAGGCCCUCCUAUGAUCACAGACUCAAAUAAAGUGUGGCCCAUGACCUACAAACUUGCCAUCUGGUUUAGGCAAAGCAACCACCCACUUUAUGAUUGAGUUGGGGCAUUCUAAUCGCAGUAACUUUGGCUUGGUUUUGGAACAUGCUGAAAGGAGAGAACUGCAGAGAAAUGUGCUGCUUGUCUUUCGCUAACACCCGCUUGAAAAUCACCAUUUCCUCUGAUUUGCAUUAACAACAAUGAGGAAGAUUUGUUUUUGUAACAGUAUGUAAAUUUGAUCUAUGAUUUUCAUGGCACAAUUGUUUCUAUCUCUGGAGCUGUUUUGUAUUAAUUGACGGAAAUUGCUUGAUAUUGGAGCUGUAGACUAAUCAUAGCAUAGUUUGACAGGGCUAUCAGGAAAUUUGUUGGCCUUAGUCUUGUUGUUUCUGAGCAAUUCCAUGUUCUUCUAAAAUUAGGGGCAUUUUACCAAACAAUUAACAAAUUGUCACACAUUUGGCCAUCUCUUGCUGAUUCACCAAUGGCAGGAAGGUAAGCAGAUAAACCUGUUAAUCAGGGCCAUGCCUUGCCUGCCAGCCCCUCUUUGGCAGGAGGGGUUGGGGGGUGAUGUUUGGUAGUGUGUCUGCUUGUGGCCCAAUUGAGGUGCUAGGUGAAUGACUGAAUGGCGCAUUAAGGGUUUCAUUCCAUUGCAACAAGAUUUAAAGGCAGCUUAGGUCUGCAGCAAACAUGUAGCCUGUUCUGUUUUGUGUCAGGCCUUCUACAGCACUGGCCACCAAUCCCCAUGUGGCACAAAGCUACUGCCCCCCAUUUGGGGACAGAUGGAAGCCCUGGCUCGUGCUAAUUAAUGGCUAUAACUCAAAAAAAAGUUGAGUGAACCAGUCAAUUGGAGCAAAGCUGAGCAUCUGAACUUAGGCUAGAGUGUGGGAAACUGACUCUCAAAUCAGUGCAAAGAAUAAACUCCAAUGGAGUUGUACGAUAUACAUGUAAUGGCACCGUUGUAAGAGAUAGUUUGAACUUUAACAGGAUAGUUACCGUAUCAUCGACGAUUAAUUCACUACCUCCUAUCAUACUGGAAACCAGCCAUUACAACUAAUACCUAUAUGAGCACAUAAAGAACCCACAUGUAACUAAGUGGCAUAUGUAUCAAGGUCUGCUGUAAAGGAUCCCAGCCUUUCUUACUACUUGAGUUUCUAAUCUACAAGUUGUGGGUACAGAUUGCUGAUAAAUUUAAAGCUCCAGAAUGCUUGGGAGUUUGGGAAACAUAGUUAUUUAUUGAAAAUGAAUGCAGCUUUAUUUCUCUGCAGAAACAAGAUAACCCUUGAAUUGAUUUCUCUAUGUCAAAAAAUGUAGCCUUGUAUUGAGAAUGUGUAUACUAUCAAUAUUCAUGCCUUCACGUCACAUGGAACAGAGUUGUUGGUUAGACAAAGAAAACUUAGAGAAUUGUUUCGAUUGUCUUUUGGAAUUUAAGGAACUGAUGUAUUACUCUGAAGUUAGGUGUCCUCGCUAAAAGUGAACAAUUUAAACAUUCUGGUAUGUAACAGGUCAAUUUUGGAAAGAACUAUGAUUUUGAAAAAAAUUGAAGCAGAAUAAAAAUCUAAGAGCUGUUUUUAAAGCGUAAUUUUAAAAUUUUUUUACUGCUUCCCUAUGAUAUAAGUGGCAUCUAACACAAUUAGGACGUUUAUUUUAACAAUCAUCUAAAAUACUACACUAGUAUAUGACUAAAAUAUUAUUGUCAAAUAAAUUUGAAACUGAAAUAAAAGAACAUGCUUACAUGCAUUAUUCAGAACUCAAUGCUACAACCCCGAUAGCUGUGCUUUCUUAGUUGCGAAUUUUAAGGGUGACAAGGACUUUUUUUUUUACAGAAUUAAAUCCGGUGGCUCAGUGGUUAGCACUGCUACCUCACAGCGCUAGGGACCUGGGUUCAAAUCCUACCUCAGGUGACAGUCUGUGUGGAGUUUGCACAUUCUCCCCGUGUCUGCAUGAGUUUCCUCCAGGUGCUCCGGUUUCCCCUCAAUCCAAAGGUUAGGUGAAUUGGCCAUGUGAAAUUGCUAAUAGUGUUCAGGGAUGUGUAGGUUAAAGGGGUAGGGCGAAUGGCCUUCAGAAGGUCGAAGUGGACUUGUUGGACCGAAUGGCCUGUUUCCAAACUUGUAGGGAUUAUGAUUUUCAAUGACUGUAGAUCAACAUGAUUUGUCUCCUUUUGUAUUCAUGUCGAGCUUUAAAUUUUGAAGAAGACUACUUUUACAAUUGAAGGAAAACACUGAUAUACCUAGAGUAUCAACUGGAGCCAGUAUACAUAAUAGAUCCACAAUUUAACUGGAAAUCCACAAUAACAAUAGUUGUGAAUAGUUUUGAAUUACAACUGAACAUUUUAAACAUUUUUAAAUUAUAAUGGAAAUGCUGCAGAUUUUUAACUGACAACAACUAUGCCGUAAGAUAAACUGUUGUUUUACAAAGAUGCAACUUUACUGACCAAUGCUGCUGUACUUGACAAAUCUAGAACUCCUUUAAAACAAAAACUAAAGAAUGGCACAGGACUGAUGUGCUUUUUAAAAGAUAUUUUGUUCUAAUAUAAUUUUAAAAGAACUGUAUAUUAAUAUAAAAUAUAUUUUGACCAGGCUUCAUUGUGUUUAAGUAAACGGGGUUGUACUCUACUCAGAUUGGUGAUGCAGUGUGGGUUUGGUAUUUUAUACUAGUACAUCAAAAAUGUUGGCAAUGAUGACUUAUAAUUGUUUAUUUAAAAAAAAUUGUGAAGAACACUCAGUACAUGUAAAUGACAAAACUCAUUUAUUCAUUGUUCAACUUCUUGGCAUUUUGUAUUAUAAUUUGUUGCCAUCUAGAACUACUGUACUUAAACCAUAAUAGAAUUUAAUUCAACUUCUAGAUUAAUUAGUAACAUCACUAAUUAAAUUUUUUGUUCUUUGACCUGUGCCAUUUCAACUGCAAAGUGCUUGUUGAAAUAUAUGAACAUUAGAUCUGUAUAAUAUUACAUGGAAUUAUUUUUUUAAAAUGAAGCUUUACAAUGUGACUGAGAGUUAUUCAGCCAGAAAUGUUGAGAGUAAGUGCUGAUAAUAGUGACAAACUGAGGUUUAUACUUUAAUGGUAUCUAUGCAACAAAUUAUUUAAUUCGAUAUUUCUGCUGUUUGAAGGCAGCCUGCAGAAGAAUUCUGUUAUACACCAUCUAAUUUGGACUACUUUGCACUGUAACCCUUUUUUGUAAUACAACACUGAAACUCAUGUCAAAUCAGCUUUGCAAAUGCUGCUUUAAUACUGCCAUUUGUCAGUCUAUGCUCAUUCUGAAUACUUUAAAACUUCCCCACCAGCUCUGUCUGGUGUUUAGUUAAUGGAUAGAAUUUUCAUGUAGUUCAGCUCAAUGUGAAGUCUGGUGACUCAUGGGAUGAUAUGUAAAUACAAUAGGUGUAGUAUACUGGCAGCAUUCUGUAAAUUUCAGAAAUUUAUCAACACCUAAUAAUCCACAAUUUGACAUUGUUGAAUUCUGAUGACUGUCUACACUACUGAAUUUUGGAUAAAAUAUGCACUAUAAUAAAAUCACCAGUGCUUUUUAUAAUUAAUAUACCUGUAAUAAUAA